UUAAAAAAAAAACCCUCUGGAGCAGAAUAUAAAAAAAGAAAAGCUGCCAAAGAAAUCGAAUUUGAACGAAAUAAAAAGUCAAUGAAUCUUCAGAAGCAUUUUAAUAGCACAUUAUCUGAAAGUAAUGAGUUUCAUAGUUCACCAUCCACCUCGGCUUCAAUAGGAUCUAAUAGUGAAAAUACCCAGAUUGAAUCGGAUAAAAUUUCCAACAAUCAAUGUGAUUCUAUCAAAAUUACGAGUAAUUUUGUUCUUAAUAACAUUAAUAAAACAAUUAUUCCUGAUACUGCAAACAAUGACAUAAAUAAAGAAUCACAUUUAGUUCAAAAUUCUCCUGUUACGAUCGAUAAUAAUAUAUAUGAUCAUGAUCCAGCUUUAUGGCCUAAAGUUAUAAGUUCUAAACUAAAAGAUUUAAUAAUUUCGUAUGGCCCUAGACAAGUGUUUUUAAAACAAUAUCCAAAGGAUGAUAAAGAUCGACAUUUUUCAAGUAUUCAUUAUUCUCGUACACUCCCAAAUAAUGAACUUAUUCCUCGGCGUUGGCUCAUAUAUUCCGAAAGUUCAGAUAGAGUAUAUUGUUUUUGUUGUUUAUGUUUUCACCAAGGAUCAAGAUCUUCUCUGGCAAAUACGGGCUUCAAUGAUUGGGUUCAUUUAUCAUCCACCUUAAAAUCUCAUGAAACCUGUAGUAAUCAUAUUUUAUCUUAUACUAAGUGGAUAGAAACUGAAUUAAGACUUAAAAGUGGAAAAUCAAUUGAUCACUUGGAACAGUUACUAAUUCAAAAAGAAUCUGAGCGCUGGAAUCAAGUUUUAACACGCUUAAUGAACAUUGCCUUAUACUUGGCAGAAAAUAACAUAGCUUUCCGCGGAGUUUCUGAUAAACUUUACAGUCCAAAUAAUGGGAAAUAUCUUGGUCUUAUUCAAUUGUUUGCCAAGUUUGAUCCUAUAAUGCAAGAUCAUGUAACUCGAAUUUUAAAAAAUGAAAUUAAGGACCAUUAUUGUGGAAAAAAUAUUUUAAAUGAACUGAUUCAAAUAAUGGCAGACAAAGUCACUGCUACAAUCAUAUCCAAAGCCCACAAAGCUAAAUAUUAUUCUAUCAUAGCUGAUUGCACUCCUGAUGUAAACCACAUAGAGCAAUUGUCUUUGACUAUCAGAUUUGUCGAUUUAUCUAAAGAAAAUGUAGAUAUAAGUGAACAUUUUGUUCAAUUCACUCCUAUAAACGAUUCAACUGGAGAAGGGCUGUCUGAAAGUAUUUUAAAUUUAUUAAAUAUAUAUAAUCUCAAACUGAAAAACUGCAGGGGACAAGGCUAUGACAAUGGCGCUAAUAUGAAGGGCAGACAUUCUGGUGUCCAAAAGCUGAUUAUUAACAAAAACCCAUUGGCAUUUUAUAUGCCUUGUGGUUGUCACAGCCUCAAUUUAGUAUUAUGUGACGCAGCAAAAUCAUCGACAAAAUCCGUCACUCUAUUUGGAGUAUUAGGAAGACUAUAUAAUCUUUUCUCCGCAUCAGUAAAACGUUGGCAGCUCUUAGUGGACCAUCUGAAAAAUUUUACUUUAAAACGAUUAAGUGAUACUCGUUGGGAAGCAAAAGUUAGUAGCUUUAAAGCAGUAAGAUAUCAAAUUGGUGAUAUGUAUGAUGCUCUAAUUAGUCUUUCUGAAAAGGAAGAAAGACAUGAUCCUAUUACUUCUCACGAAGCCUUCACAUUAUCUAAUCAGAUAAAAGAUUUUAGUUUUCUAGUUUCUUUAGUCGUCUGGUAUGAUAUAUUAUUUCAAAUUAAUGUCGUCAGUAAAUCUAUGCAAAAAUCAAAUUUUGAUGUCUGUAAUUCAGUUAAGUUGAUCGAAGGGUGUUAUAACUUUUUAAAAGAUUACAAAGUUACUGGUUUUGAAAAAGCUAUUUCCACUUCUUCUGAAUUAGCUUCCGAACUUGGUUCUGAGCCAGAAUUUAUAGAUUCCAAAAGAUUAAGAUACAAAAAACGACAGUUCCAGUAUGAGUGUAGAGAUGAGCCUAUAACUUCUCCAAAAAAAAAAUUUGAAGUUGAAUUUUUUAAUCCUUUACUAGACACUGCUAUUUCAUCCAUUAAAGAAAGAUUUGAUAUGUUAUUAAAACAUACAGACAUUUGGGGAUUUCUUUAUAAUUUCAGUAAAAUAUCUAGCUUUGAAAAGGAUGAAUUACUAAAAUACUGCGCUGAUCUCCAAAUAGCUUUGACUGAUGGGUUAGAAAGUGAUAUUGAAGCAGUUUUUCUUUGCGACGAAUUAAUUAGCAUACAACUCUUCACCAAAAUCAAUGAUUGCAAUUCACCCCUCGAUGUACUUAACUUAAUUUAAAAAAAUCAAUUAGAGGAUUUAUACCCCAAUAUAUGGAUUGCAUUAAGAAUUUUGUUUACCAUACCGGUCACAGUCGCAAGCGGAGAAAGAAGUUUCUCCAAACUUAAGUUAAUAAAAACCUACCUAAGGUCAACUAUUUCACAAGGCACAUUGACAUCCCUAGCUACACUAAGUAUUGAAAAUGUUAUUGCUCAAAAUUUAGACUUCUCAGAACUAAUUAAAGUAUUUGCUGAUAAAAAAGCGAGAAAAGUUAACUUUCUUUAGAUUUUUUGGAUAUAUUUAGUACCUCUGUAACAAAGUUUUUUAAUAAUAAUAAAGUAUGUUUUAUAUUGAUAAUUACUAUACAAUAAUAAAUAAUAAUAAAACUAAGGAAGUCUAUUUUUUUUGAAUUUGACUAAUCCCAUAAUUUUUCCUGUUUAAUGUUUAAAAAGAGGGCAAAGGGCGCCGAAAUAAUUCUUGCACUGGUCGCUGAAAAAGC